CCAUGAAUCAAUUAGGCAUAAAAGUACUGUUUUUCCAUUUGGUGUUCAUAUUCUUCCAUGUGAGAGCACAAACUCCAUCAAAUGAAGAGCAAGUGCCCAAUUCGCAAGAUACAAUCAACAAUUUUCAACGAAAUCUAGCAGUUGUAAUUGCAAAUGCAAGAUGGAUUGGCUCGAUCCGGGUCUCGCGCUUCAGGAAUCGAUAAAACAGUAAUCGAAUCCCUGCCUUUUUUCAGAUUUUCGGCGCUUAAGGGUUGGAGGGAAGGCCUUGAAUGUGCUGUUUGUUUGUCGAAAUUUGAAGAUAUUGAGAUUCUUAGGUUGUUGCCUAAGUGUAAACAUGCAUUUCAUAUAGAUUGUGUCGAUCAGUGGCUCGAAAAACACUCGACUUGCCCUCUUUGCAGGCAGAAAGUAAGUGCAGAUGAUCUUUCAGAAUUUACAUAUUCGAAUAGUUUGAGAUUUUUAUGGAAUAAUCAGUCAGGGAUUAGAGAGGAAUCCGACAUAGGAUUAUAUAUUGAAAGAGAGGAAAGUUUUAAAGGAUCUUCAAGAUUUAGCAUUGGCAGCAGUUUCAGAAGAUUAUCUGAUAAAAGCAAGAAGGAAGAAAAAUUGCCUAUACGAGAAAUUGUCGAUGAUUAUGACGAAAAAGACAAGAAAAUUCUUCACAAAUUCAAUCACAAAAUAACUGUGUUCGAUGUUAUGUUGAAGAAUCGUUGGAGCAACGUAAGUUCUUCCGACCUAAUGUUCUUGAAUUCGGAGAUGCUUAACGACACAUCCAGUCGAAGAUUUUCUCCUUUGGAUUCGAGAAACGAGCCAAAAAAAUCCAUGGAAACCAAAAAUAUGGUUGAGGAAGAAAGUGAACAGAUCAUAAAUAUAAAGAUGGAGAUGGAAAGAAAAAGAGUUUUCGAGGAAAAAUUCAAGCAGAGUGAUUAUUCCUUUCCAUUUCCCAGUUUUCCUACAACCUCAGAUGAAUCCAAACAGAACUCAGGAUUCGGGUCGAAAAUUUCGAAUUCAGACAAGAGAUCAACGUCUGAAAUAACAGUUCAUCAAAGAUUCAAUGAUAGAGUUUCUUCUUACGUUCAAGAAAAUAAUUUUAAGGAGGAAAAUUUGAGAAGAAUAUGGCUGCCUAUUGUCAAAAAAACAGUUCAGUGGUUUGCAAGUAGAGAAAAAAGGGCUUCACAGUCACAAUCUACAACCUCAAGAGAGAGGUUAAAUUUGUAAAUUAAGACAGUGGAAUUUAUUUAAUUUAGUUAGGGUUUUAAAA